AAUUUUUGAGAAAACGAAUUUGAGCUGAGAUCGAUCGAAGUGCGCGCUCCUGCGGUUUCCCGCGUUCAAUGGUUGAUUGUGCUGGAAAGCGCAUGUGCAUCUAUUGGAAACGUGAAUCGGAAGAUAUCUGCGAUGCGACAGGACCUCAUGCUAUUUCUAGUGCCUAUUCAAUUUUCGUGGAGACUUUGUUCAGAUAACUUCGACAAAAACGCUUUGUUCGUCAUUGCAGUCAUAACUGAUUUUUUUGUCAAGUGGUAAGGGUCGUGAAGUGACGCGAGUGCGGGUUUAUUUCCCAGCAGAGCGUGUCUUUGCGACAACGAGAUCGUGCCCUGCAAGUUCCGCAGAAGACAAUGAACCACUCGCGGCGAGCGCUCUUCGCUCGCGUACCGCCGCGGCUUCAGGCAUCACACCCGAGACCGCGAGUCCCGACGGCGAUAUGGUCUCCCGCCGCAGGACCGGUACGGAACAAAGAGGGUACUUCUGCCAGUUCUAGUUCAGGCAGAACCACUUCCCCCUUCGCGGCAACCCCGUCAGCCUCCUCCACAGCGAAACGCUGGUUCGCCGCAGUGUCCGCGGUGCCGCAGCCCAGCAGUGACAUUUCCUGGGCCGACAUCGGUUUCGGGCUAAACCACAAGGAAAAGACGAAAAUGAUUGUCGUCACGGCGAAACUAUCGGAUAACGGGUGGGAGAAGAGCAAGAUCGAGGUAAAGCCGUACGGUCCGCUGUCCCUGGAGCCCUCCGCGACAAUCAUCAAUUACGGGCAAGGACUGUUUGAAGGCGUGAAAGCGUACCGAACCGUGAACGACCGCAUCGUGGUUUUCCGCCCCGAGAAAAACUCAGACAGACUGGCGAGUGGGGCGAGAGCGUAUUGAAUUGAUGCACAUGAUAAUAUUAGACCUUGCUUUGACGUCUGCCUCUGGGUAAACUCCUUGUCGCGGAUUUGAGUAGUAGUUCUUGUCGUUGUCUGGAUGUGUAUUGUGAUUAUUCUGUGUUACAUGAACAUGAUCGAAUGAUUCCGGUGAGUUUCCAAACUUCACCACAGACUUUCCAUGCCGCCGGUCCCGACGGAGUUGUUUCUCGAAGCGGUUGCCGCCUCGGUGACCGAAAACGCGGCGCUUGUCCCCCCACUGGGCAAAGGGUCCCUCUACCUCCGCCCGAUUCUCUUUGGGAGCGGGCCGGGGUUGGGCGUGUCACCGUCGACGGAGUAUCACUUUUUGAUCUACGUUUCCCCGGUCGGCGAGUACUUUAGCGGACCCGCAGCAACGCAAGGGGCGAGAAUGAAAAUCGAGCGGGAUCACUCCAGAGCGGCACAUAACGGUACUUUCUCUUCGUGGUGUUUCUUUGCUUUUGCGGUUUUGCCUAUCAUACAGCGUAUGUAGUUUCAUGGGGGUCAGCAUAUCAUGAACAUGGGUGACUCGUCCCGUAAAAGAAAUGCACGAGGAAUUUGUUGAGAGGAAGCUACUAACUGUAACUUACAGGGAACGGCGGCACAAAGGCAGCGGGCAACUACGCACCGUGUUUCAAAUAUCAGAAGCAAGCCAAGGAGGAGGGCUACACCGACAUUAUUUACAUGGACAACUGCAACGGCCAAACCGCAGAAGAGGUCGCGUGCGCAAAUCUUUUCGUUGUCACGAAGGACAAGAUCUGCACUCCGCCGCUGGGACGGAUACUGCCCGGAGUCACGCGGAUGACGGUAUCGUUUCUGCUAUGCUGGAUUAUUAUGAGCUUCGCGACUUCCUUUGUGUAAAGUCAUGCGUAAUACUAUGCAUGGAUCUGCUCCACGAUUCAGAUUAUGGGCACGGUGCCUAUCCUAAAACAAACGAUUCCUGUUUUUCGCAAAUCAUUCGUGUUUUAAAGCGAGACAGAAAUAAUCCGUCGAAUGAAUCAACACACGACAGAUCAUGCAGCUCAUUCGGGAGAUGAAGGACCAACUUAACGGUCGCGAGCUGGUUGAGGGCGACGUCACAAUGAAGCACUUUGCAGAGGCCGAAGAGGUGUUUUGCAGCGGCACCGCUGCGGUCAUCAGUCCCAUUUGCCACGUUGGGGAGAGCGUCGAAGGGAGUAAGCACCAGUACAACUACAAGCCAAUGGUAAGAGCCCGACAUUCCAUCUUGUCAUGCUUGAUAUAACCUGCAUCUGCCGUGAAGAAAGUUUAUUCGAUUGCAACUAUCACAAUUUUUUUAAUUUUUGUUUCCUGCGUCUUCGUCCUUUGGCUUUUCCCAAUGUUGAAAGAAGUAACGAACACAAUCAAAAGGGCCCCGUCACCACGCUGCUCCGAGAGACGCUAACGGGAAUCCAAGCUGAACGACUACCAGAUGCGCAUAAUUGGCUUCGCAACCCCUUCGACUUGGACGCUUUCCGGCGCGUGUGAGAUAUUAAUUCUGCAUUUGUCGUGUUUACUACGUCGCGUCUUCCAAUGUUGUCAACUGUAAACUUUUUCAUAAAGAGCGAAAAACUUUUCGCGGCUACAAAGUGACCAUUUGACACCUCGCUUUUUGGAAUGUAGUGUGACCCUAGAGUUUUUCAAAUUCAACUGUGGAUCGUGCAUUUUUCAUACCCUUUAUUAAGUAGCGUGGACCAGCACUAUUUGGUUUCUGUUGAUUUUGAGUUGCGCCAUCCACUUGUUUCGUGUACGAUUAAUUUUUUCAACUUUCUCGAUCUUCGGUACUCAUCGAAGCGCAGUUUAUUUACAAGAACCAACUUGAUGUCGCUGUAUAAAACAAGUAGUUGCUUGCCGACUCAUCUCGACAGGCUUGCUACUUCUUGUGUAAAGUGUAAUAUAUUCAUACAUUUUAUUUCAACACUGAGACUGAUCCGUUCUUGUGCAAUCAUUCAUUUUAUUCUGCAGUUUUUUACUCACACAUGUGGUCUUGGUCUCCUCUCCAUUCUCAUUCAUAGGCAGUUUAGGCUCGACUUCUGCCUGGCCAAGGCAUGUUGUAGUGGGCGAAACCUUUCCUACCAGACGAGGCAAGAAGAGCGGUGCGCACUACGCGCGGAAAUGACAAAAACUGCAAAACUCUCAUCUACGGAAGUGUAUGCGUUUGGAAUCUGUCGGCAUGGGCAAGGAUGUUUAUCUUCUACGAUUCUUGUUGUGUUGUAAACAGAGAGACAUCAGUUACAAAGAAGAUUCAUGCAUCACUAGUCCACACAAGCGGAAGCGCCGAGCGGGCAGCGACAACGAACCAACUCGCUAUUGUGGCUCUCGGCACGGCCGCUUCCAGAAGUACACAUUGAAGAUAUGUAUCCUUGCCGUGCUGCCUCCGCAUUUUCCGUGCAUAGGACACUCUCCAGGGAUGCUAGCGGCAGGAACCCUUCCCUACCCGAGCGAACCGACGACAAGGACAUACUCUCACUGCUGGCGCAGCAGAAGGCCCAGGAGAAACAGGCUGCCGCUGCGGACCAACGGGCAGAGGACAAAAAACCAGCGGCGGUGAAGAAGGAACCCGUGUCGGCUUCAAGCUAGAAACGGUCCUCCCGUCGGUGGAAAAGUCGUGCUAUAUCUCGCACUCCAUGUUGUUGAUGUAAGUAUCUUGCGCUUGCGCAGCACAUCAGCCUAAUAGAGUAGCAGUACAUUAGUCCGUUCGAAAUCGAGUCGAAGACACCAAGUUUUGAAUUUGAGAAGUUUUGUCAUAGAUCUGAUCAGUACAACAACUCCGCUUCAGUGCCACUGGGUAGUGACCGCCACAUCCACUGCGCCACGCAUCAAGUACAUAACUACCUACCUACAGAGCCACAAAUCAAAGAAUGUAAAAACAAAACUCUGUUGUCCCUAUCACGGGAUGCAGAUUGAUCCAUCGUAUAAGUUUUACCCGCCCUAUUGACGAUGUGUAUUAAAUCCUUCCUCUACAACAACGCCAUCAGACCGCGUAUUGAUUUUCUAUGUGUGACUGGGACAGAAGACGCAGUACCCCCCUGGGCCAGGCCGUUUUUACCGUUUCGUCGGGUAAAACUCAACUCCAUACCACAAAGAUUCGUUUCGAAUUUCCACUUACUUACAUCGCUUCUAGUAGCUCAAUCGGCCAACAACAACGUAGGAAGAGGAACCAUUGCUAUAAAAAUGAAAACAACGUACUUACAUCUUUACUAAACGGGCUCACUCCCUCGAUGAAAGCAAGAAUCCUCAAAGAACUUUACUUUAGCUUUCCCUUCCACUUCGUAUUAGCCUUUCUUUGGCUGCACUACAGCCACGGUCAAUUUACACGAACUGAAUGUCGCAGAUGAAAGAAACAAGAAUGAUGAGCUUCCUUUGAAAAAGUGCUUCCCUGCUGUAGAUAUGCUUGGGAACGUAAAAAUAU